CCUGUGGCGAGGGGCCGAGGUGUCGAUACCGAACCAGCCCAGGCAACCUGGAAGGAGCGACCAGAGAGAAUGAUCAUCCUCAUUUUCAUCGUCAGUGGAUUAAUCAUUCUGAUUCUGUCCCUUGCGUUUACAGGAUCCCAGACUCCCUUUGUGGACACUCCGGGCGCUCCUGCGGUUGGGAAUGUCGGUGAGGACGUCCGGCUGGGCUGCAGGUUCCGGCCCUCGGGCCCCGGGGCCGAGCCGGCCGACGCCGUGUCCGUCACCUGGGAGAGGGCGGGGCUUAGCGGGGUGGUGUUCCGCUACCGGAACCGAGCCGCCCAGCUGCAGGACCAGAACCCGCGCUUCCGUGACCGCGCCCAGAUCUUCCCAGGACUGCUCCCUUCCGGGAACGCCUCCCUGCUCCUCCGGCGCGUGGAGCUCAGGGACGCGGGCCUGUACCGCUGCAGCGUGAGCGCCCCUAGUGGCCGGGGGACUGUGAGCGUGCGCCUCCGAGUGGCUGCGUAUUCCCCUCUGAGCUUCACCCUGAAAGAGCAGAACCUGACUGCGGAGGCACAGAGGUGGUACCCCAAACCCAGUGUCAGCUGGUCUGACCACGAGGGGCGGCCCUUGAACGCAAGCAGGCGCUUCUUCAACAACUCAGCGGGUAUAUUCCGCGUGGUGACGACUCUGCUCGAUCCGGUCCGGUAUGACGACACCUACACCUGCCUCAUCAGCAACGACCUGGUCACCUCCGUCUCCCCAGCAACAGUGACAGAAAGAGGAGUAACGGCCAGGACGUACUUCACCUUUAACCCCUCACCCCCACUGAUGCCCCUACACCUGGUCUUCAUCGCUCCUCUUCACCUGGGGGCAUACUACCUGCUCACCUGAACACUGAUCACUACUGUGUACCUGAACACUGAUCACUACUGUUUACCUGGACAAUUAUAACUACCUGUUCACCUGAACACUGAUCACUACUGUUUACCUGAACACUGAUCACUACUGUUUACCUGAACACUGCUCAAUACUGUUUACCUGAACACUGAUCAGUAUUGUUUACCUGAACACUGAUCAGUAUUGUUUACCUGGACACUGAUCGCUACUGUUUACCUGAACACUGAUCACUACUGUUUACCUGGACACUGAUCACUACUGUUUACCUGGACACUGAUCGCUACUGUUUACCUGAACACUGAUCACUACUGUUUACCUGGACACUGACAACC